AUGGCGUCCUCAGGAGCAAAAUCGCCCACCAUCGAUCUACCAACUCGCACUAUCCUUCCAUAUCAUCGAAGAACCAGUAGAUUUAAGCAUACCUUCAAGCCAGUCGACACGGAAACUCUUGGAAAAGUGCCAGAAGAGUCUGAUCGUGAGAACCAGGCAAAGAAAAAUGGCAACAAACCGCGUCGUAGAAAGCCAGAGCGAAUGCCAGGAGAGAUUCCAGAAUGGGCUCAACUCAGUAUCCCACGAGGAGAACAAGAACAAGUCCCAAAUCUCACAGUCCAGCAAUCAGCGGCGAAGUAUGCGAAUUUCAUGGGAGAUUGCUAUUAUUUCGAUAUGGAUAACAUAGAAAACAUGCGAGACAUCCACGGCACCUACCUAAUUCUCUACACGCGCCCCUUAAUCUCAUCUUCAGCUUCAGCGCGCAGCGAUCCACACGUCCAAGUCUUCAAACCAUCUCACGACCGCGAGAUCCACGUCAGGCCGCUCAUCCCUCUCGACUGCAGCUACGCAGAGCACGACGCGUAUAUGCGUCAAGGCGAACCAUGGGGCGAAGCCAUCGUACACUGCAAUGACCAGCAAUUCGACAUGGGACUCUACGAGCCUCGUCGCGAUGGCGCGACAAAAGCACGUUGUAUAUCCACGCACAACGACGGAGAGCCACAGGAUCGGCUGGAGCAGAUUCUGUUGUAUCAGUUGCCGCUGCAUAAAACGGAGGUGUCUUUUGGGUAUAAGAGACUGGGGACGGAGUGGGAUGAGUAUGGGGGCGAGAAGGUUUGGGGGUAUUGGUUUAUGAAGAUUUUUCUGUGGUCUACGAGGCCUGAGACAGGGGAGUUGGGGUUCCAGACUAUUGUUGCGGCGAAGGUGCCGCGGAAUAGGAAUGUGUCGGAUCUUUAUAUUUUGAAACAACAUAUUGAUAUUCCGCGUGAUAAGAGGAGGUAUUGGAAACAUCAUGAGAAGCCGCUUGAUGAGGUGAAGAAGAUCAAGGGGAAGGGGAGGGAGAAAACAUAUUAUGACGAGGAUAGCGAGUCGAAUUCUGAGGUUGGAUAUCAUUCGGAUGAUACGCUGCGUGGAGGAUAUAGAGAUUAUAAGGUGUAUGACGGACGUGGUCACGGAAGUGAUGAUGAGAGGAGAAGUGCAAUGGCAGCUUUGCUGGGGGAAUAG